UAUUUUUUUUUUUUUAUUCAUUUAUGUUGUUGAAUUGUACAUAAUGGCACUCGCUAGAUUCAGCAGAAUACUCCGCCUUCCUACGCUUGAAAUCAAGAAGAAAGUCAAGCAGUAUGAGCACGUCCACCGGGACAUCAAUCCCAACGACCUGUGGGAAAUAAUUGGCGAGCUGGGCGACGGCGCGUUUGGGAAAGUCUACAAGGCCAGGAGCAAGGAGACAGGAGUUUUGGCUGCAGCCAAAGUGAUCGAGACAAAAUGUGAGGAGGAGCUGGAGGACUACAUCGUUGAGAUAGACAUCCUGGCUAAAUGUGACCACCGCUACAUUGUCAAGCUGCUUGACGCAUUUUACCAUGACAACAAACUGUGGAUCAUGAUCGAGUUCUGCCCUGGAGGUGCUGUGGAUGCCAUAAUGCUAGAGUUGGAUCGUGGGCUGACGGAGCCGCAGAUUAAGGUGGUUUGUCGCCAGAUGCUGGAAGCUCUGGAUUACCUACACAGCAUUAAGAUCAUCCACAGAGACCUGAAGGCUGGAAACAUCCUCCUCAUGCUAGAUGGAGACAUCAAACUGGCUGAUUUUGGCGUAUCGGCGAAAAACACCAAAACCUUACAGAGGAGAGAUUCUUUCAUCGGAACGCCAUACUGGAUGGCCCCAGAGGUGGUAAUGUGUGAGACGAUGAAGGAUGCUCCCUACGACUACAAGGCUGAUGUCUGGUCUCUAGGAAUCACUCUGAUCGAGCUUGCCCAGAUUGAACCCCCGCAUCAUGAGCUCAACCCCAUGAGGGUGCUGUUGAAGAUCGCCAAGUCGGAGCCUCCCACCCUUGAGCAGCCGCACAAAUGGUCACAGGAUUUUAAAGAUUUCCUGAAGAAAUCUUUGGACAAAAACCCAGAGACUCGUCCGACUGUAGCACAGCUCACACAGCACCCUUUUGUGAGAUCUGUGACGUCUAACCGUCCGCUGCGGGAGCUGGUGGCCGAGGCCAAGGCUGAAGUCAUGGAGGAAAUAGAGGACAAUAGGGAGGAAGGAGAGGAGGACGAUGCCAUGGAGCUCACUGUGUCUCCAGGAAAGGAACCAUGCCAGACCAGUCAGACCAGUUUGGAAGUGGACCAGUCUGUGGAGACCCCAAGCCCCACCAGAACCUACCCGACCACUCCAGUACCUCUACCUCGGAAGGAGGCUGAGCCGGAAACACCAACAGAGGAGCAGCCAGGCGCCAUCAUGGUGGUCCCUGUUCCCCCACCACGCCAGAAUCUCCCUCCAAAGGAUCCGGAAGAGUUGGACGACAAACUGGCCGAUGAACUCAAUCUUGAGUCCGAGAAAUCUGAGAGCGAGGCUUCAACCAAGACCUCCAGCUCAGAUUCGGGCAUUGAGGAUGGGAAGAACCCCACAUCGGAGGAAAAGGUUGCUGUGGAGACCCCGGAGACGGAACAGCCACCAUCUCUCCAGCCCAAGGCAUCUGAGGAACACGUUGACAUCAUCGUGGACUCAACAGAGCCAGAGCUGCCCAAGAUCCAGGUGACGGAGGAGGAGAACAAAGCUGUGGCUAACGGAGGCUUACCAACUCCAGACCCAAGUCCCACUGUCACUCCUGCUCCAUCCUCUGCUCCUACCCCAGUGCCUACACAUCGUUCUGAGCCAAAUGGUAGCCUAAACAAGGGUAACCAAGAUCGGACAUCGAAAAAAGGAAACGCAGAGGCUGUCUCACCUUAUAUCACUGGAGGGAUUAUAAACAAACGGUACUCUUAUUCAGGCAGCACAGCAUCAGAGAGCAUGGACAUGUCGAUCCACAAGGAGAACAUCUCAAUGUCAGCAAGGGACUACUCGAGUAAGACUCUGAAACGAACCAGGAAGUACGUAAUUGACGGCGUGGAGGUGAGCGUGACCACCUCCAAGAUCAUCAGGGAUGAUGAGAAGAAAGAUGAGGAGAUGAGAUUCCUGAGACGUCAAGAACUGCGUGAACUCCGUUUGCUGCAGAAGGAAGAGCAACGUGCUCAGGCUGGUCUAAAUGCCAAACUGGAAACGCAGAGGGAUCAAAUGCAGAGACGUUUUGACCAGGAGAUGAAUGCCAAGAAGAAGCACUAUGAUGUGGAGGUGGAGAACCUGGAGAAGCACCAGAAGCAGACUAUUGAAAAGAUGGAGAGUGACCACCAUGUCAAACUCAAGGAAGAGACCAGACGCAUCAAAGCAGAACAGGAGCGCGACCUCCAAAGGUUUCAGGAUCAGUUAAAACAGAAGAAGAGGGAGGUAAAACAAUCCGUUGAUAAGCUGCCCAGGAAUCAGCGUAAAGAAUCCUUGAAACAGAGGAUGAAUUCCUUCCAAGAAAUUAAGAUAAAAGAUGAGGAAACAUUCUUGGCAGCUCAGAAGAACCGUCUGGACACAACGAUGAUAAGAAUCAUCACCAGCAACAAGAGAGAGAUUGCAGAAAUGGAGAGGGGAUGUCUUAACAGGAAACAACAGCUUAUCAGAGAGCGUGAAGCUAACAUAUGGGACAUGGAGGAGAAGAACCUUUACGAGAGACACCAGUUAUUGAAGCAGCAGCUGAAAGACCAGUACUUCCUACAGAGGCAUCAGCUUCUCAAAAAACACGAGAAGGAACAAGAACAGAUGCAGUGCUACAACCAGCGAAUGAUUGAGAUUAUGAAAGCUCGGCAACAGCAGGAGAAGAACCGGUUGCCUAAGAUCCAGCGCGGCGAGGCGAAGACCCGCAUGGCCAUGUUCAAGAAAAGCCUCCGCAUCAACUGGACGGGCAGCACCUCGGAGGACAGAGAGAAGAUCAAACAGUUUUCUCUGCAGGAGGACAAACGGCAGAAGGCAGAGAGGCUCCAUCAGCAGCAGAAGCACGAGAACCAGAUGAGAGAGAUGAUUGGCCAGUGUGACAGCAAUAUCAGAGAGCUGCAGCAGCUACAGAAUGAAAAGUGUCACCUGUUGAUUGAGAACGAGACUCAGAGACUCAAGCAUUUGGAUGAACAACACAACCAGCUGCUGAAGGACUGGAGGGAUCAGCUGAAACCCAGAAAGAAGGCCCUUGAAAAGGAGCUUAACAUGAAGAAGAAGGAGCAGGAGGCUUUCUUUAGGAUGGGGGAUAAUUCCGAUUGCCCAAACCCAAGUUCUCCCAACAAACUCUCCAAGUUUGUGCCCUACCAAGACUCUUCCACAACAUAAAAACAUCCUCUAUGACGUUGCACAAAAUCUCCUCCCACCACACCUUUACCUGUACACCCCCAGGCGUUACAAUAGCCUGCUGCCUCAGUUUUUAUUUGCUUUGCCUGUAAUGGCAGCAUACCUAUCCCUCCAUUGGGUGCCUUUAUUGUUUUAGUGAAUAUUUAUGUUUUUACUAAUGUUCUUAGGUUUUUCUUUUUCUUUUUAAAUGUUGUAGUAAUUGAUGGGUUUAAAACUCCUCAUGUGCUUCAAAUGACUCGAUUACAUUACAUCUGCUCCCAUACAGUUUUUUUAAUUGUCUUUUUCUGUUCAAGCUCGCUUCUUAUUGCCCACCAGUGAAACGUUAAGAUAAUAUGAUACGGUGGUGUUUAGCUGAAGAUACCAAAAAUAAUUAUGAGUCUUAAUGAGUAUGUAUUGAAGAAAAAAUACUAUUUGGUUGGGAAUAUUUUUAUUUUUUUACAUAAGUAGGAAGAAGGUUUGUUUGUAUGAGAACUGGUGAGCCAGUACAUAAGCACUUUUUGUUUAAUUAUCAGUGCAGUCUUCCAAAUAUUGUGAUCAGAAACAAACCCAAAAUUUGAUAGUCACUGACCAUUUUCUUAUUUUUCCCAUUUCUGUAUGCCUUGGCUCAUUGACCCGUUUGGUCCAUAAGUUAUAUAGCAGCUAAUGUCUGCUUUUAUUUAUUUUCUCUGACAAAGAACAACCAUAUCCAGAUUUAUCACUGUAAAUCCUAAUUUAGUUACAUUCUCGUUUUUUUUUUUUUAACACCCCUGGUAUGAAAGAUCUGCUUAUUAUUUUCUAUUGUGUUUGAAAUGGGGGAUGAGGCUAAAUCGGAUCACAAUUUAUUUGUUUCUUUUAAUGAUUACUUAGGAAUAAUUUUUUACCAGAUGGGGACAGACUCAUUGUUAUUCACAGUGCGUUGCUAUUAUGACAUUUGUUUUUUUGUAUUUUACUGUAAAUUCAGUCACACUGGAUGGGAAUCGAUGAAGCCAAAGCGAAAUACUGUUGUUCUUUGAAGGACGUUAGAUAGGGGAUUUAAAUUAAAAGGAAUUUACUAAGUGUAUAAUUGUUAUAACGUACGCAGUAAAUGCACUGCCUGCUAACCAAAGUGCAAUAUUACUUGUAUGUCUUUGCUAAACUUAAAGAGGUUUAUUUUUGUUGAACGUCGUCUUCCUUUGCACUCGGAGGGGGAUUAAUAUAAAGUUUAUUUAACAAUCUUUUGAAAAAAAACAAAACAGCAUUGCUAAGAAAUGAAUCAAUCUUCAUUCUCCUUAAUAAUUUUGAAAGCAAUGGUUUAAUUUUUCAAAUCAUCUGAUUGUAUAACAUUACUCUUCAUAUCAUUUUAAUGGAGUUCAACAAUUUAGCCUGCUGUUGAAUGGCUCUAACUGUUAAAAUCUUAAAUUGAAACCUAAACUUUGCAGCCGAGGAACUUGAUGCUUUGUUGGGUGACAGUGUUUUUUUUUUUUAAACAGCUUGGCCUACAGAUUUACAUAUAACCAGGUCAGUAAUGGGGUACAGCUUUAUCUCUCUCUUCCUCUCAUACGCUAUCUCAAAAGUAUUUAAAUUUGUUGUAAAAAUUCUCUGUUUUUGUCAUGUUUAAUGGCCACAUGUAUGCUUUCCUCUCUGCCUCAGUUUACAUGAUAGUGUUUGUAUGGAGGGGUUGUGAGUGUGAAUGAAACUGUAUCAGAAGGAACCACUGUUGUAAAUUACUCAAUAAAGGCAGAUUUUCUAAUUA